CCUUGCUUGGCGUUGUACGUGACGCUUGUCAACUGCUGUCGCCGGGGAAUCCCGAAUCCUUGGUGGAAGUGCCAAGCGAGUGCCUAUCGAAUGAAUCCAAUCGAUAGCAGGGCGGAAGUCCUUUAAAAACAGGUGCAGGUGACGCAACCAACGUGCCGUGACGCACAUGAUUGUCCUGCGCCGACUAUCUGUACCCCUGGCAACCCGGGUCCCGGGUUCCAGGACUUGCAGCCUCCACCUGCUGGAGUUUGCCGGCCAAUGGCCGAGUUCUGAGAAACGGCAGUUCGAAUCGCAUAUGCGGGUCAUCAAAAACUUUGUUGCGGAGGAGGAGGAACAGGUCCUCAUGCGGGAAAUCGAGCCUCACAUCAGCCGCUUGCCCUACGAGUCGAGUCACUGGGAUGAUGCGAUUCAUGGAUACCGCGAGAUGGAACGCAGGAAUUGGUCUUCCGAAAACCAAGCUGUGCUGGAUCGCGUCUCCAGAGACGCCUUUGGCGGUCGGGUUAUGCCCUUUGUCCACAUCCUAGACCUGGCUGAGCUUGGAGUGAUCAAACCGCACGUGGACAGUACUCGGUUUUGUGGCCACACCAUCGCGGGCAUCAGCCUGCUCAGCGAUUGCGUUAUGCGACUGAAGCGGGUAACCAAAGAUCCUGAUCCUGCGAGCCAAUCCGCAGAUGUGCUGCUGCCACGAUUCUCCCUUUACAUAAUGAGCGCCUUGGCGCGCUACGAGUUCACCCACGAAAUCUUGGCCAGAGAAGAAUCCUGGUUUAAGGAACGUCUGGUGGAAAGGCAUCGACGCGUUUCUGUCAUUUGUCGCAACGAACCCUAAACAUUAUCCAAUUUUAAUAUGGCUUCUUGCCUCAAGUCCUUUCCAUGACAUUCAAUCCUUGAAUAUCAUGAUUUUUCAUUGGUUCCUGAUGGUUUCCAGCUCUUUUGCGGAAAAGUAUAGGUCACAUGAUCGUACAGGUAUAUACAAUGAAAAUUUAUUCCGAUUUGGUGAUCAGUUAAAUGUAAUACAGACGGCGAACUGACACGGAUCACACACUGUGUGAUUCCCCCAAGUACUAUCCACCUAAUAAAAUGUACAUAAUGUAUAGCUUAA